GCGGUAUAAAAGAGGAGGAGGAGGCCCUGUAUGGCCGGAGGACGCGCACAGAUCACAUCCGGGGCUGGUUUGUUCGAACGGCCAACCCGGAAAAAAAAAAAAAAAAAAAAGAGGGUCACAAACAAAUUAGACUGCAUUUAUGGGCAGCACGCAUUUUUUAAAGUUUGUGUUCCGUGCCGGUAUUCCGGGUGUCAGUCUGGUGUUUGUGGCGGACACUUCACUUCGCGCUGCGGCGCAGUGACAUGUGAGAGCAGCAGCAUGCCGUACGUGGACAGGCUGAACAGAGUGUGCGGUUUCCUGGACAUCGAAGAGAAGGAGCACAGCUGUCGCUUCCAGAGACGAUACUUUAUCCUCGAUACGCAGGGAAAUGCUCUGCUAUGGUACAUGGACAACCCUCAGAAUCUGCCCAGUGGAGCCAGCUCCGUUGGCAGCCUGAGAUUAACUUACAUAUCAAAGGUUAGUGAAGCUACAGUGAAACAAAAGCCCAAAGUGGAGUUCUGCUUUGUUAUCAAUGCUGUUUCCCGACAAUAUUUCCUCCAAGCCAACGAUGAGACUGAUAUGAAAGAGUGGGUUGCUGCUCUCAACAAGGCCAGCAAGAUCACUGUUCCCAAAUCUGGAACUGCUCCUUCAAAGUCCGAUGUGACUUCAGUCAUCAGUGACACUCCAGGAGUGAAAAAGCAGCAGGCCUACAAGACUGAGAUCAUCGGCGGUGUGGUGGUGCACACUCCCAUCCUGAAUGAUGGGGAGGAGGCAGAAGGGAGAGAGAGGAAGGGUGUCAGGCCAGGUGUGCUGAGGUGUGGUUACUGCGUCAAACAGGGAAAUGUGAGGAAGAGCUGGAAGAGACGUUUUUUUACUCUGGAUGACAAUGCUGUCAGUUACUACAAGUCUGAGAUGGAUAAAGAGCCUCUCAGAGCUAUUCCAUUAAGGGACAUUCAGAGGGUCCAUGAAUGUCUCGUGAAGUCUGGGGACCUAUUGUUGAGGGACAACCUCUUCGAGAUAAUCACCAGUUCCCGAACUUUCUACAUCCAGACGGACUCUCCAGAGGAGAUGCACAGCUGGAUCAGGGACAUUGAAAUGAAGAUCGAAGACUUCAGAGGCCCCUCUAAGGGGUUUUCAUUUAGACGUGCAUCUUCACUCUAUCGAAGUCACAACUCCUCAGCAUCGCGAGGUCACCGUAGUGACCAGCGGAGGCCUGCACUGGUCAAGUCCUGUUCUGUGACACUGGGCUGGCAGCCCUGGACCCCUGUACCCUCAUGUGAGCCUUCUCUCCUGAAUGCCGAGGAGGAAGACAGUCCCUUCAGCUCCUUGCCCAUCACUGCUUCCCUCUCCUCCUCCUCCACCUCUUCCUCCUCCUCUUCCAACUCUCUCUCCACCCCAAACACGCCUGCAGCAGCUUCAGCCAGCGGUCUCGGGAUCCUGGCAGCUUCAGGAGAUGUGGCCCUUGAGCGUAGGCGGCACCGCUCCCAGCCUCAGCCCCACACGAGCAGCAGCUUGCCCUUUGGCUUGGAUGAUGACAAUCUCCGCACCACAGAUGUGUAGCAUCCUACGUGGAUAGUCACCACUUGUGCAAAAAAAAAAGUGACUGGUGAGAAUUGUAUUGUAUGAAACUGUGAAUUUGAUGCCCCGAGCAUAAAUGCUGGUCAAGAACGGGGACCAUGUUGGACUAUGAAGAGGGAUUGGAUGGAUUGUUUUUUUAUGUAACUUUUUGAAAACUUGAAUAACUUUGACCUUGUUCUUUUAGUUCAUAAGUUAAGGCACAUGCUUUAAAUCUGCACUUAAGUUUGUCACAUAUUAGCAAAGUUUUCACUUCUCUACAAGUAUUUAAAAGCAUUUUUGUCACCCCCUUAAAGUUUGGCUGUAAUUUGUAAAUUUCACAUCCUUU